AGUUAAUUGAUGACAUCCAAACCGGGGUGGCGAAGACCGACGCCAGACUGUUAAAGGAGACGAGACACGUCAAAAUCGUGGACAAGAAGUCGGCCAACUGUGGAAUGAUUGUGGUGAUUGUCUUACUUCUGAUUGCCAUUGUGGUGGUGGCCUGUAUUCCAAAGUAAGCUGACUACCCCAGGCUAAGAUGCAACUUUAGAUGGUGAGACCCAGCAGUCCAAUUGUCACCAGCCCAAGGUAACCAGACACAACAUGCUUGUUCCUUGGAUACACCCAACAGUAUGUGCAACUCUGACCAACAGCAAUCAAACUAUACUGUAAACUAAGUUACUUUCUCUGCAGUUUUAUUUAAAGGUAGGAGGGAAAAGGCAUUUUUUUUAAAUUCUGUAGUACAUGUACACUGCAGUAACCAUACAAGGGACGUAUUUGUGGUGGUGACCACGAAAUCUUCAAAAAUAAAACCGCCAUGAAAGUUUGAAGAUUUACAAGUAGAUCUAAUUGCACUUCAGUCAUUUGUGCUUGUAGUAUUAACCAAACCAUUGCCAGUCACCAUCAUUUGUGUGCAGUUCUGUAAGAUGGCAGUCAGGCACCUUUUUUAAAUGUCGGACAACUUGAGUAAUAAAUUUGAUGUAGAAUGACAGAGAUUGAUUGAUAUUCUGUCAUCCAUAGUGUAUGAAGAGACUAAAUUUAUUUGGCUAUCUUUGGAGUGAGGAAUGAUUGCCACUAUAUGAGUAUACAGGUUGUAUGUAACCGUUUUCCCCUAGCACUGAUAGAUGCAUGUUUGUUGUCCAUUGGGUGAGAAAGGACAAACAACAUGGUUGGCAUUUACAUUGUAGCUUGGAUCCAUCCUUGUUGACAUUCAAAGCCGAAGAUGAGAGUGAAAUUGCCAAAAUCUCCAUCGUAUCUUCAGUAUUUGUCGCUUCAUGAUCGAUUCCCCCCCUCCAGCAAUGAGUUUUGGAUGAAAACAAGGUAUCUUGUGAUAGUAGCUCUGUCAGGGAGUGUCAUUGGUCUAUGAUAAUAACAAAAUUCAGAGAUCAUCAAAUAUAAGCCUUCCCCUGUAUGUAGGACCAUUCAAUUCUGUGCUUCUGUACUUUUAUCAACAGUGCCACAAAACUUCAUUAAAAAUGCCCCCUGAGUUGCAUAAAAAUCUUGUUCAUUUGGUGUUUUUCCAAGUUCCAAGGCAAAAUUCAGUCACUCUUGUUUUUAUUCCCUGUAUUUUUAAUCGGUUAGAACAAGAAUCAUGUUCUUUUGAAUCAGUAAAGGGAUGGAUAAAGCAUUUUAACUAAGAUACAGAGCUUGAUUAUAUUAUCAUAAUGUUUGUGGCCAUCACAGGAAAUAGGUUGUAUUAUGAUGGUGUAAAUCAGUCGUAGACAUAAAAUUGACACAAUGCAUUGCAAUCUUGUACAUAAAUUUACAUUUAAUAGUUCUGAAUCCAUUGUUUUUUGGUUAGUUUGUACAGAGUCCACAGUUAUAUUAGAAUGAAUAAACAAACACGUCACUGACAAUGAAAAGACAACACGUCCCCCUAGCAGCCUUUCAGUCUCGUAUCUCACUGGCAAAACCAACGGACGCCUAAAGCAAGGGGCAAAUACUGAUGGAGAUACAAUUUCUCCUCACCCAUCCUUUAAUAAUAGACAGGAUCUUUUACAGUGACAACAUUUUUUUUAGAAUAUUAUACCCCCCGUUUCGGGGGUGGUAAGAUGUAAUAAAUAGCGAGUAUAGCAUUUAUCUACGCACUACGAAUUGGCAACAAGAAUGAGGAGCAAAAAUACCACAUGUACACGACUCUCGCUAGCCUAUGGAAGUUGUGAAAUGUUACAAGCCUCAGCUUUGUACAGGACAUCAAGCCACUGACACACACAUCCAUCGAUAUACUUACACUUGCAAGUUUUGUCUAUUUUGUCAUUAGUACAAUACAAAUAAAACAAGAAUUAUUGCUCAAUGGUAGCAUCUGA